AAGAAUCCGUCGAAGAAGUUAACCGGAAACACGACUCCUCUGGAACGGAUGCAGAAAUUCCAAGAUGGAGGUGGACGGGAUUGAUAAUAUGGAGAUGGGGGACAGUAAAGGUGGAACAGGCCUCCGGCAGUACUACUUGUCAAAGAUAGAAGAGUUGCAGUUGACAGUGAAUGAAAAAAGCCAGAAUCUCAGACGUUUGCAGGCACAGAGAAAUGAACUUAAUGCAAAAGUGCGCCUUCUUCGUGAAGAGUUGCAGUUAUUACAGGAGCAGGGAUCAUAUGUGGGAGAAGUAGUCAGAGUUAUGGACAAAAAGAAAGUGCUGGUCAAGGUGCAUCCAGAAGGAAAAUUUGUUGUGGAUGUGGACAAGAACAUUGACAUCAAUGAUGUGACUCCAAAUUGUCGUGUGGCUCUUCGGAAUGAUAGCUACACCCUGCACAAGAUCCUCCCCAAUAAAGUGGACCCUCUGGUAUCCCUCAUGAUGGUGGAGAAAGUGCCAGACUCCACUUAUGAAAUGAUUGGUGGCCUGGAUAAACAGAUCAAGGAGAUCAAAGAAGUGAUUGAGCUUCCUGUCAAGCACCCAGAGCUGUUUGAGGCUUUGGGAAUUGCACAACCCAAGGGCGUGCUGCUGUAUGGUCCACCAGGUACAGGAAAGACCCUUUUGGCUAGAGCUGUGGCCCACCACACUGACUGUACCUUCAUCAGGGUGUCUGGCUCAGAACUAGUCCAGAAAUUCAUCGGAGAGGGUGCUCGUAUGGUGCGUGAGCUGUUUGUUAUGGCGAGAGAGCAUGCUCCCUCCAUCAUCUUCAUGGAUGAGAUUGACUCCAUCGGCUCAUCCCGGCUGGAGGGCGGCUCGGGUGGUGAUAGUGAGGUGCAGAGGACAAUGUUGGAGCUGCUCAAUCAGCUGGAUGGAUUCGAGGCAACAAAGAACAUCAAGGUCAUCAUGGCCACCAACCGUAUUGACAUCUUGGACUCCGCUCUGCUCAGACCAGGAAGGAUCGACAGGAAAAUUGAGUUCCCCCCUCCAAAUGAAGAGGCCCGUCUGGACAUCCUGAAGAUCCACUCCAGGAAGAUGAACCUGACUCGUGGCAUUAACCUGAGGAAGAUUGCAGAGCUGAUGCCGGGAGCCUCUGGUGCCGAGGUCAAGGGAGUUUGCACAGAGGCGGGGAUGUAUGCUCUGAGAGAAAGGAGAGUUCACGUCACUCAGGAGGACUUUGAGAUGGCUGUGGCAAAGGUGAUGCAGAAAGAUAGUGAGAAGAACAUGUCCAUCAAGAAGCUGUGGAAGUAAAAGGCCUUGUGUAUUCCUGAACAUAAUGCAACCACACAUGUAUAUUUUCUUUUCUUUGUUUAUGGUUUGUAAUUGUUGCAGAAGUAAAUCCAUAAUUAAAUGGUUUCCCUAAAA